AUGGCCGACUUCAUCGCCGAGAUGACUCCGGGAAACCAAGCUCCCGAGUCAUGGAAGCUGCACGUCGACGGCUCGUCAAACGCCACCUCCGGAGGCGCCGGGGUCAUACUCGAAAGCCAAAACGGGGUCAUAAUCGAACAGUCAAUACGAUACAAAUUCCCAAUCUCUAAUAAUCAAGCAGAAUAUGAGGCCCUCCUGGUGGGCCUAGCCCUAGCCAAGGACGUCGGAGCAAAAAUCCUGGAAGUAAACACCGAUUCUCAGGUAGUCAGCUCCCAAAUCAACAGAGACUACCAAACGCGAGACCCUUUACUCCAACAAUACCUCGCUAAGGUAAACAAACUGAAAGAAGGGUUCGAUUGCGUCACCAUAUGGCACAUUCCCAGAAAACAAAAUACAAGAGCAGAUCUCCUCUCCAAACUAGCCAGCACCAAACCAGGACACGGCAAUAAAUCGCUAAUUCAGGAAGUCGUUAAAUCACCAUCCAUAUCAACAACGGCUAGUGCUUACCUGACACUCCCCAGCCAAGGAUCAUGGACUUACCCUAUCCUACAAUACCUCCUCGACGGAACACUACCUGAAGACCCCAGGGAGGAAAAACGGACAAAAAGGGAAGCCGCCAACUACACAGUCAUCGCAGGACAACUAUACAAACGCAGAUUCUCGCAACCCCUACUCAAAUGCGUCGAACCCGGGGACACAGAAUACAUAUUCCGUGAAAUCCACGAAGGUUGCUGCGGCCACCACAUCGGAGGUAAAACCCUUGCCCAGAAAAUCAUCACGGCCGGCUACUUCUGGCCCACGGUUAUUCGAGACUCCAUGCAGUUAGUAAAGAACUGCGAUAAAUGCCAAAGGCACGCCAGCAUUCACCAGGCCGCCCAACACCAGCUCAGCAUCAUAUCGGCAGAGCGGCCAUUCGGCACCUGGGGGAUCGACCUGGUCGGACACUUUCCUACGGCACCCGGUCAACUCCGAUAUCUCAUCGUCACCAUAGAUUAUUACACCAAGUGGAUCGAGGCCGAGCCCUUGGCCUCCAUCACGGCAACCCAAUGCCGAAAAUUCCUCUAG